AAUACAAUCUCAUAACUGUGUUGGUCUCUAUAAAAACCAUUCAUUUAGUCGAUGUAAACUGUGGCUACUACGCACGAUUUCAGAUGUUAACAAUGAGGUGUUUUGUUAUAUCACACUGACUAUCCACCUCCACAUUUAAGAGCAUUUACGUACAGGUGCACCUCUCACCUGCCUCAGAUCGUACCUCUGUGUAAGUGCAAUGAGACUUGCAACAACCAUUUUAUCACUGUUACAUCUAACUUGUGAAAGAUGUCAUUAAAUCGUUACUUGCUGAGUACUCUGAGUUCUCAAAUGUCAGGUGUAUAAAGGCAUAGGGCAGAUACACAUUUAUUAAGGGGUUAACUUAACGAGACAUUGAGUCUCUAGAUAGGCAACACUCUUCAUUAUCUUAUUCACGUAAACUCAAGGCAAACAAAAACAAAGUUUUUCCCAAGUUUCCCUAUGUUUCAAAACAUUCUAAAGGACAACUCUUCAGAAUGUUUUUUUUAAAUAUACACGAAAGCUAAGGAAAAACAGUAUUUCAUUUUUCCUGUGAAACUAAAAGAGCAAGUACCAUUGUGUAAUAAAAAUGCAAUAAAAAAAAUAUGUAGGUGUGUUCAGGGCGCUCAGAAGCCGAUAGUGUGUGUUUGAUAUAUUAGUUGAAUUUUCUAUUUAUAAGGCGUAACCACUCCCCCCCCCAACAGUGCCCUCCUACCCCGCCUGUGACCUACCAACAAGCUAACCAACCAACACAAGCGGCGUUUAGGAAACUUUCCAAGGAAGAUGGCCUACGCAACAACGAACCUCUCAUCAGAAACGAUAACCUCGGUAGACCCAGUGACGGAGACCCGAGAAACGCAGCAGGGAAGAAACUCGGACGAGAGAGACUCAUUAAACUGGAAAUCCCAAACAUGGAGGAAAAAGGCGUGAGUGAUAAGAGUAACACACGGGAAAUGAGACAAGAGGCUGAAAGGAAGAGGCCAGAGCAGCCUCCCCAGAAGAAGGCGAGUAAGGAGGAGUCCCCAUUUCUAAGGCAGGUGAAUGAGGAUAUGCAAGAGAGACUCAAGAAAGUGCAAAUGCAAAAUCGACUAGAAAAGGAAAAGAGAGAGGAACUGCGGAAUAAAAGAGAUGAGCUUAGAAGGCAAGAAAGAGAAAGAGAAACUGAGAAGGAUGAUUGUCGAAAGAGGCAAGAGAAGGAAAGGGAAGAGGAGAUGCUAAAGAAACGGCAGGAAAAAGAAAGGGAAGAAUUACGAAAGAGGCGGGAAGAGCGGGAGAAAGAGGAAUUGCAAAGGAAACAAGAAGAGAGAGAAAGGGAAUUGAGAUUGCGACAAGAAAGAGAAAAAGAGGAGAUACGAAGGAGACAGCAAGCUAAAGAAAAAGAGGAAAUGAGAAUUAGACAAGAGAAGGAGAGAGAGGAACUACGAAAGAGAGCGGAAGAAAAGGAAAAAGAAGAAUUACGAAAGAGACAACAAGAAAGAGAGAAAGAGGAAUUGCGAAAAAGGCAACAAGAACGAGAGAGAGAGGAAUUGCGAAAGAAACAGCAAGAGAAAGAGGAAGAAAUGCGAAGGAGACAGGAAGAGAGAGACAAAGAGAUACGAAAGCGACAGCAAGAGAGAGAAAAGGAAGAGUUGAGAAAGAGACAGCAAGAGAAAGAGCGAGAGGAAUUACGGAAGAAACAGCAAGAGAAAGAAAGGGAGGAACUACGGAAGAAACAGCAAGAAAAAGAGAGGGAAGAAUUACGAAAGAAACAGCAAGAAAAGGAGAAGGAAGAAUUACGAAAGAAACAACAAGAGAAAGAAAAAGAAGAAUUACGAAAGAAACAAGAGAAAGAAAAAGAAGAAUUACGAAAGAAACAACAAGAAAAAGAAAAAGAAGAAUUACGAAAGAAACAGCAAGAGAAAGAAAAAGAAGAAUUACGAAAGAAAGAUAGAGAGGAGGAACUCCGGAAAAAGCAGCAGCUUAGAGAAACGGAGGAAUUACGAAAGCAACAAGAGAAACGGGAGGAAGUGCUCAGGAAGAAGAGUGAAGAGGGGAGGAAGACAAGCACUGAGGCUGAAGACUCUCCACAAGACCGAGCAAGCGUCUUUGGCGUCCAGCUCAGGUCGAGGAAACAGUCUGACACGACACCCAAGGUGGUACCUAGAGACGAUGAAGAUCCAUCGACCGAUAAACUGAAAUUGAACGAUCUGCGAAACAAGUGGGAAUCAAAAAUCCAGGGUGAGAGCGAACAGAAGCAGAGGAGGCAGAGUCUAACUCUGAAACCCAAACAGGAAAAAGAAGAGACAACGAAGCCGGAGGCUGGAAAGCCUGAGUCAAAGGACGAUGCACAACCCAAGCAGAAAACUCAAAACGAGGAGAAACCAGUUAAACGCGUGCGAAUUGCCCCGAAUGAGAAACAGAUCAUAGAACUCAAGACAGAGCCUGGACAGGGUUCUGGCAAAAUCGACCCGCUCAAGCAGCAAAUAGAAAACGCCAAAUUAAAGCUACACCCAACUGACAUGAAAGAAAGGGAUGACAACGCUAAGAAAAAGGAAGAACCAGAAUGGGCAGACAAAGCCAGAAUCCGAGCAUUAGAUAAACAAGAUAAGCAAAAGGAUCAGAGACAAGAGGCCACUACUCGAUACACGAACAAGCCGGCGACACCAAACAAAGACGAUCCACGUAAGGAGGAGCAGAAUAACUUACUCAUGGAGAGGGCGACCACACCUGCUGACCUGGCUGUGGCAAAUCUGCAGAACGAUGGCGCCUCUAGGUCAUCAUCUCCGAUGGUUGAGGAACAGUGGGGCACACCACAGGAGCACUGGAUACCAAGUACUCCCAAGGCUGGGGUGAAAAUAAUUGAGAAGAAAGAUGAGGAAGAAGAAUCAGACGAAGGGUCUGAGGAAGAAGAGGAGGAGGAAGAAGAAUGAGAAGAAGAGUCUGAAGAAGAUGAUGAAGAAGAUGAAGAGUCAGACGAUGAGGAGUCUGUUCCUCAGGAGGAGAUCUCUGAAGUGUUCAGCAUGGAUGCUGAGGAUCAGGAGGAGGAAGAGGUACCAGUAACUACAGGGAAGACCAUCCCCAGAGCAAACACUCCGCCUCAUACAUCGAGGCUUCAGACUCGCCUGGACUCAGAAUUCCCUAAAAGUGAAGCAGCCAGCAAGCCCCAGCCCCCAGUCCCUGCCCCCAGGUCCAAGCUACAAGAGCUGCUCAGUACUGCCUUUCCUCCCUUUGUGGAAAAAUCUGUCGAGCCUCAGAUAUUAGCUUCACCCGCUGAGGCUUCUAAACCGCAAGAAACUGAUGUUAAUAUUUCUCCUGAACUAUCCGAAAAAUCCCCUGAACAACUAACAAGCAUUUCACCAUUGAAGUCGCCAUUCGUUCAAGAAUUGUUAGAUGCUGGAUUUCCAAACGCUGAAAAUCAGUCUGGAAAGACUGAAAAUUCUAUCGUCACCUUCGCAGAACAAGUGGAUGAUAUUGUAAAUAGCUUCGACACUCAGAGUAACGAGCAAUGUUGCAGCAGCCUCGAUCACCUGCCACAAGACUUGCAGUUAGACUUGUGUAUAGGAGAGCAGCAAACUUCACAGCACCUGCAAGAUGUAGUUACGGUGCCACAACCCGAGAAGGUCGUAAAAGUUGCGGUGCCACAAUCCAAGGACACUGUAGAGGUCACGGUGCCACAAUCCAAGGACACUGUAGAGGUCACGGUGCCACAACCCAAGGAAGUUGUAGAGGUUACAACGCUCCAAUCCAAGGAGACUGUAGAGGUUACGACGCCACAAUCCAAGGAGGCUACAGAUGUUUCUUGUCUUCAGGAGACGUGCACUCUAGAUAUUCUGUCAUGCGAUCCAGAAACACAGCUGAACAAGUAUAGCAAUUAUCCCAACUUCGAGUCCAAGGCCCUAGAAGUAAAUCUAAAUAAUGACUGUAACCAGUAUGCUCCUAUGAUUUAUGAAUCAGAUAUCGAAGACAACGCUGACGAGAACGAGGACGAUGGCAACGAGGAGGACGACGAAGCUGAGAAGGCUGACCAGAUCACAGAGUUACCGGAGACGGUUAUGUGGUGGGACCGACCUGCUGCAGACUCUCAAAGCAAGAGUGACUCUGGUCUCAUGUGGUGGGAAGAGCCAGCCAGCGAUGAGCCGCGUUCUCAGGGUUCGAGCAGUCCUUUGCCGUGGUGGGAACAACCUGAGCCUGCUGAAGACACCAGGGUGAUCAAGCUCCCUCAGCCAGUCAUACCGUGGUGGGAGAAGUCUGAGGAAACCACGACCAGCAAAAGUCCCCUGCCGUGGUGGGAACAACCUGAAGAAUCUAGGGCAUGGAGUCCUGGUUCCCCAGUUUUCAAGAAAGAUGUUAUCGACCACAUGGGCAAGAGCUCGUCGAACGAGGAGUGGUGGAAGAAGUGGGACACGAGGGCCGACCCUGCACCCAUCAGGCUGUCCAGAGUAAGACAGGCAAGGCACGUUACACCAUGGUGGGAGACAGCGAUAAACUUGCGAGACAGCACUGGACCACCACCUCCACCCCCACCUAUGCCAGGAGCGCCGCCCCCGCCACCUAUGCCAGGAGCGCCGCCCCCGCCCCCCAUGCCAGGAAUGGGACCCCCAAAACCCAUGUCAGAAGCCAGAAAGCGCAUGUUAGAACAGAUCAGGAAGGCAGCCCGAAGCCGGCCUGACUGGAACACACUCCUCAGGAACAUUGAG